UCGUAGGCAUCAACUGUACGUGGUACAACAGACGCGUUUUCUUCCCGUCGUGUCUUGGUUCAAACUUGACUUACCUUGGCUUAAAGGGCCUGCAUCGCUUUUUUACAUGCGCAUUCGGCGUGGCGGUACAUAUAGGCGUGGAUGGUACAAAUACCAGCCCCUCUACUGCCAAAAUUGAAUGAAAAUGGAGUUCACUUAAGCCGGACUCCAGUGCAACAUUCAGAUCAGGGCAAGUCGACAGGGUAUGGACACUGGAAAUUAUACCAUGCUGCAUGUCCCGCAUUCUGUGUUCCAUUGAAAAGAUAACCGUGAAUCUAUCCCCCCCGGACAACAUAUGUCCUGUCUACAGUUUGUCGUAAAGAUCCAAGUCAUCUUAUUUAACCGACCUAGUUUUCCCCAGUCUUCCAAUGUCCCCCAAACGUGACAAUGUCUUCCGCACAUAAUUGGCCCUCUCAGCCCCUCCUCAACGCUGCCGUGUUCAACGACGUCGAUGUUAAUGCCGACGCCCGAGCGCUCUCCGAAAAUGCGUACCAACGCGCGGAGCUUAUCUGGAAGACUUGGGGCCUCACCUUUGAGGAUGUCGUCAAGCUCAGUCCCAAGUUUUGGAAGAUCCACAAUGACCCCAUUGUCUGUCACAAUGGUUCCUCGAGCACUGUCAUGACAAUACAUCUUAACCUUGUAGUCGGUACCAUUGGAACGUAUGCUGCCGACCGUCCCGAGCUGCUGGCUUUGUGCAAGGAUAUGAUGGAUUUCAAGAUCAUAGGUCAAUUCCUUAUCACUGAGGUUGGUCAUGGUUUGGAUGCGACCAACCUUGAAACUACCGCCAGUCUCCAGCCUGACGGCUCGUUCAUCCUUAACUCCCCCAACAGGGCUGCUGCAAAGUUUAUGCCUCCAACUGUCCCGGUACUUGGUAAACCCUGCUAUGGUGUCGUCUGGUCGCAGCUCCUCGUCGGUGGUGAGAAGCGUGGUAUCAGGCCUUUCGUUGUCCAACUCAACGACGGCGUUAACAUGUCCAAAGGUAUCACCGUAAAAUUAAUUCCGACUCGUCACGGCGCCACCCCAGUAAACCAUGCCAUAACUCACUUCACCCAGGUACGCCUUCCGGAAUGGUCACUCCUCGGACCCAUUGGUGACAAACCUUCGACGCAUGAUGACUUCCUUGCCGCCAUCUGGCGUGUCUCUGUCGGUACUCUCGCUCUAGCUUCACUCACUCUUCCAGCUACGCAAAUCGCCGCCCACAUCGCAUAUAAGUACUCCGUCCGUCGUAAAGUCGGCAUUCCUGCCCAGCCCAUCAUCAGCUUCCGCACCCAGCAAAUCCCCAUCUUCACUGCGGUCGCGCAGACAUAUGUCAUUGAGGCGUGGACGAAGCAUGCAAUUAAACAAUUUAUGGAUCCCGUUGCGGGUCGUCACACGAGACAUGCAAUUGCCACCAUCUACAAGGCGGUGGUUAUGGAACAUGCGCAGACUGCCCACUUCAACCUUUCGGAGAGACUUGGUGCACAGGGUUUGUUUGACUACAACCAGAUUGUGACGCAAUUCGCUGAGAUAAGGGGUAUUGUCAUUGCUGAGGGUGAUGUCCUCGUUCUAGCUAUCCGCCUCGCCUCGGAACUACUCCAGGAGAAAUACUCUGUCCCGGCUCCUCUUUACCCCACCAGUCUCCUCGCCCAGCACGAACAAGGUGUGUUUGAAGAAGCCCGGGUCCUUGCCAAGAAAUACGGAGCUCGGUCGAAGCAAUACGCCGACUAUAUCCUUCCUCGUUCCAAAGAUCUCGUCGAAGCCAUUGGCCACCGGAUGGCGUACGAAAGUGCUUUAGUCGAAGGUAUUCCCACUGUUCUUGCGGAUAUAUAUGAAGUCUUUGCCAUUCAGAAGGACGUCGGCUGGUACCUCGAGUCUGGUCUCCUCACCCGAGCUAGGAUCGCCGACAUGCAGAAUGCAGUGAUGACGAAUGCUGCGGAAAACAUGAAUAAAUGGGUUGAGGGAAUGAGUGUGGCCAAGUGGGUAAAGGCGCCGAUUCUCACUGAGAAGUGGGAUGAUUUUGUGGAUUCUAUGUAUACGUUCAGGGAACCUCCGGAGGAGAUAAUGCCUUUAUCAAUGUGAAGGAGCAAGAUUUCUAUAAAUUAUGAUGAAAAUUUUGUUUGCCU